AAAUUUUUAGCAAACAAACACUAAACCCGACGCGAAGGGUGGGCGGAAAAAAUAUUAAUAAUCUUAAAAUAUAAGUCUCUGAGCCACCUUCUAAUUAAUUAUUUACCAUGUAUAUAUAAUCCUUCAAUGGAACCAACUCCUUACAGCCCUCUGAACUAAAAAAACUAGCAGCAAAUUAAAUAUGACAACUUCAAUAACAUCAACCCUUUUCUCCCAAGACUUGUAUCCAAGAAAAUUUCUCCUACAUUCCUCUCUUCACCCUAUAGAAUCCCCUGCAAUUUCCCCAGCUCAACAAAACAAUUCCCCCAUCAAUGACAACUUCCAUUCAAAUGCAACCAUUAUUCUCUUAGUCCUCAUUUGCACCAUCAUUUCCUUUUUGGGGUUGUUUUGUAUGGUCAAGUGUGCAAUUAGAGGCUCAAGUUCUGUUGCUUCUGAAUCUGGUGUAAACCCUUUAGCCAAGUUAGCUAAUAAAGGAGUUGAGAGGAAAGCCUUAAAUUCCUUCCCUACCAUAAAAUACGCGACCGAGUUGAAACUAACCAGCCUAGACACCGCUUGUGCCAUAUGCUUGUCGGAGUUUGCUGCUGAGGAGCGUCUGCGGAUUUUGCCAAAGUGCAACCAUGGAUUUCAUACUCAAUGUAUCGACAAUUGGCUUAGUUCACAUUCUUCAUGCCCUACAUGCAGGCACUGCCUGAUAGAAACAGAUCAAAAGACCGAUAACUGCAGCCCGAUAGGUUCCUUGGAACAGCCUCUGCCGGUGCAAGAAAGCAUCAUCAACGUUAACGUAGAAGAGAACUGAAAUUGUACAUAAAUACAGGGUGGAAACUAAGCCGGUUUUGGUGUAAUGAUUAAUAGAAAUGCCGUCUUAAUUAGAAGUUGAAAAUCAUGACUAAUUUCAUAUCA